AUACAUGUUCUUUUAAUUAUCAAAGACUUGGAGAUUCGGAACAAUACAAUAUCUAGCUUAGAUACUACCCGACCAUAUAACGUUCUUGUUUCGUUUCCAUGUCUUUUGCCAGGUUUGUCCAUUGCGUUUGAUCUCAGCACUGGAAUGAAUGGCCAAAAACGCAGAGGGCUGGUGAGAGCUGGAAAAGCUGCUUUGUGUCAAACAAAGAGAAGCCGAUCAAGAAAGUCACUGGCUAGGACUCAUGGUUUCCGUUUGAGGAUGCGAACCAUUAGUGGUCGAGCCACCAUCAAGCGCCGACGUGCCAAGGGACGUUGGAACCUCUGCAGUUGCCCUAAGUCCAACCCCAGCAGCGGCAAACAGGCUUAAAGCUCGUUUUUCUCCUCAUUUUAUCUCUAAUCUUGCCUGAUAUGCUUCUUCUUUUUAUGUGUUCUCCAUUCGUUUUAAAUCAAUUUCUUGGGAUACUUGCUUCAUUAAAUUUUAAACAUAAUUGUAACGCUGUUAGCAAUUAUUAGUUUGCUUAUUUCAGUAUAAAA